UCUGUCGAUCAGAACAACAUACCAGUGACACCCACAUUAUUCCCUUCAUCAACAGAACAAACAGCUCAUUCUUCCCCAACAUUUAUUUAUCACCAAGCGCCUAUUGAUCAUCUAGGUCAGAUUUUAUGUAUCUAAUCAUACAGUUGACCCUUCUAUUUCGCCAUGAUAUGAAAGUGAAAAUAACGUCUUAUGAGUCAGAUUUAUUGGGUGAACAAAUCUAUUGUCAACAACAAUAUGGUCUAAAUCGUUGUGGACCAGAAACACGUCUUCCAGCUGUGAAUCAUUUGUGUCGAGAAUGGGAACAAUGCAUGCAUCGACCUAUUGCUGUUAGUAAAUCGCAAAUCUUGGCAGAGACACUAGCUGACAUGGCCAAUGCAUUUUCUGAUGGAUUAACACUUAAAACCAUGUCUGAGUAUCAUUUGGUCUGCUGCUUAUGUACUUCGAGGAAACCCAACUACCGCUAUCACUCGUAUUCAAUAAAGACUUGAAUUGACAGAUGAUACCUGGAAAAGAGAAAAGCGACAUGUAUUGGCUUUAUUUCAUACAGUCAUACUAAAUGGAAAUUCGUAGAAGAGGUAUGGAAUUUAUGCAUUUUGAAGCCUUCUAUUCUCACAUACUAACAAGCGAAUAUAAAAAUGUUUAUUUCCAACAACUUGUUCAAUCCGAUAAU